UUUAACGAUAAAUCCGAGGUCACACUGCUGCCAUUGUUUUUCCUAAAAUAUAUAAACAACUUUUAGAAGUUGCAACAUACGCAACGAUGGCAGACAGGCUAACGCAGCUACAGGAUACCGUAAACCAACAGGCCGAGCAUUUUUGCAACGCCAUAGGUGUAAUCCAACAGACAUCUUAUCCCAGUAAAUUUGGAAAUUUCGACCGCACAGGGUCACAAACGCCGAACCCAAGUCAGCCCCAGGAGGACUAUGCUCAGCUAUUCGCACAGCUAAUUGCACGAUGCGCCAAAGAUAUUGACACAUUGAUUGAGUCGUUGCCAAAUGAAGACAGCUCGAUUGAACUCCAAAACUCAAGUCUCAAGAGGCUAGAAAUGGAAAAUCAAGAGACCGCUCUUGACCUUGAGAAAGUUGUUCAAAAAGGAGAGCUUUUGCUUGAGAAAAUUCAGUCUGCUCUGGAGAACAUUGCUCAAGCUCAACUUGAUAUGCAAAUAACACUCAAGUCCAGUAUUAAAAAUAUUUGAAAAUCAUAUUUGCUUUGCAUAUGCGUUUAAUUAAUUCACAUAACAGCAUAACACCUUGAAUGCAUUUCGCUUGUAAACUGUAUACAUAGUCACAAAUGUAUCUGUAUUUACGGAUACUAAUGAUGACGAGCAUCGGCGAUGUAUUUACAAUGCAGGACUUAACGUAUUUCUUAGUUUAUGGCUU